CCCCGUCAUUGGAGACUGGAAAUCUCCCUCUGCUUCCCUCUCCGUCUUCCUCCCCCCCGCCGUGAGGCAGCAGGAGCAGCCAUAGCCGUAGAGUGUGAGGGAGGACAGCCCUCGCCCGGCUGCUGCUCAGCGCGGGGAGGAGGCGGGAGCAUCGGGGGUGGCUCUCGGCUCCGGAGCCGCCGGGGCAGUUUGCCCGCCUGCCGCCGGCGCGCUGCCCCUCAGUACAUGUUACCAUGGCGAUGACUGCAGGGACUACAACAUCCUUUCCCAUGAGUAACCACACCCGGGAGAGAGUGACGGUUGCCAAACUUACACUGGAGAACUUCUACAGCAACCUAAUCAUACAGCAUGAAGAGAGAGAAACCAGGCAGAAGAAGCUAGAAGUGGCUAUGGAAGAGGAAGGCCUCGCAGAUGAGGAGAAAAAAUUGCGCAGGUCACAGCAUGCUCGCAAAGAAACAGAGUUUCUGCGACUGAAGAGGACUAGACUUGGCUUGGAUGACUUUGAAUCUUUGAAAGUUAUAGGAAGAGGAGCAUUUGGGGAGGUACGCCUUGUUCAGAAGAAGGAUACUGGUCACAUUUAUGCAAUGAAGAUACUAAGAAAAGCAGAUAUGCUGGAGAAAGAGCAGGUGGCCCAUAUCCGAGCAGAAAGAGAUAUUUUGGUUGAAGCAGAUGGAGCCUGGGUAGUGAAAAUGUUUUACAGCUUUCAGGAUAAAAGAAACCUUUACCUGAUCAUGGAGUUCUUACCUGGAGGUGACAUGAUGACCUUACUAAUGAAGAAAGAUACCUUAUCAGAAGAGGAGACACAGUUUUACAUUUCUGAAACUGUGUUGGCCAUAGAUGCUAUUCACCAACUGGGAUUCAUCCACAGAGAUAUUAAACCAGAUAACCUUCUGCUGGAUGCUAAGGGUCAUGUAAAACUCUCCGAUUUUGGGCUAUGCACAGGUUUAAAGAAAGCUCACAGAACUGAGUUCUACAGGAACCUUACACACAACCCACCAAGUGACUUCUCAUUUCAGAAUAUGAACUCAAAGAGAAAAGCAGAAACGUGGAAGAAGAACAGGCGACAGCUGGCAUAUUCUACUGUUGGAACCCCAGACUAUAUUGCACCAGAAGUAUUUAUGCAGACCGGGUACAACAAGCUGUGUGACUGGUGGUCUUUGGGAGUGAUUAUGUAUGAAAUGCUAAUAGGGUAUCCACCUUUCUGCUCAGAAACACCACAAGAAACUUAUAGGAAAGUUAUGAACUGGAAAGAAACAUUGGUAUUUCCUCCAGAGGUGCCCAUUUCAGAGAAAGCAAAGGAUUUAAUUCUAAGGUUUUGUAUUGACUCAGAAAAUAGAAUUGGUAGUAAUGGAGUAGAGGAGAUAAAAAGUCAUCCAUUUUUUGAAGGUGUGGACUGGGGACAUAUCAGGGAAAGACCAGCUGCAAUCCCUAUAGAAAUCAAAAGUAUUGAUGAUACUUCUAACUUUGAUGAAUUUCCCGAAUCUGAUAUUUUACAGCCAGUGCCAAACACAACAGAACCUGACUACAAAUCCAAAGACUGGGUUUUCCUCAAUUAUACCUACAAGAGAUUUGAAGGGCUCACACAGCGUGGCUCAAUCCCCUCAUACAUGAAAGCCGGGAAGUUGUGAAACAAACACAAACCCACAAAAGAAAUAAAAAUACAAACCUCAGGUAGCUGCAUCACCAGACCCGCUUGGCGUUAGUUAUCAAUACAUUGACUCUGGUGCGCAUCAAUUUCACAAGGAAAUUCUACAGGAUUAGGAUUUCUAAGACUACUACAGGAAUUAGUUGGCAGUGCCAGCUCGCUUUUUUUUUUUAAAUAUUUGAAUAUUUUUGUUAACUUUAUUAUACGAAGGUACUGGAAUAAAAGGAACGUACAUCCCUUUAACUGCACUGCCUAUGUGUGUAUAACAGUUAAUGAUGCCUCUCUGUACUGUGGCUUUGUUUGUACUGUAAACCAUCUAAUCCACCCAGGAGUAAAACAUAUCAUUUUAUGCAGCAUUGUUAUUAUACUGCUUACCUGGUGGGUUUUAGAUACGCAGUAUAAAAAAUACAUUGCCCACAUUUGCAAAAUUCUCUGAGCAGUUGCUCAAGGGUAUUCCAGUUGUGGUCGGCAGAUAUCCCAUGAGUGUGUCAACACUGAAUUAUUUUCAACAGCAGUGUCCUGUGGGGUCUACUUGUACCCUGCCUACCCUCACUUCUCCCCACUGGAGGGCUUUAUCAGCUCAUCAUCCCUUCUCUUUUUUCCUUUUUCCACUGUGUGUGGUGGUGAGACAGUCCCUGUGAUCUUUUCAGUAGCAUUUCUGCUUUAAAUGAUAGUUGCUGCUUUUUCUUUUUUGUCUCCCUAAGAAGUUCCAGGCAGAAGCGGUCCUGCUCUAGCCUUUUCUUUCCAGAAUAUCCCAAAGCAGCCUCUGCCAAGCUGGAAGAAACUGAGUGCCCAGCUAGACCCACUCUCCUGUCUUCUUCUUGGCUCUGUCUUCUUCUAGAAUCUCCAUCUAACAUGGACCAUGGGAUUACAAAGGAACAGCUGAGUCUGCAGCCCAGUUUCCAGGAACCACGACUGAAUUGUGCAGGGCAUCUAAAUGCUAUUCUCCCCAGUCUGCAGGAUGGUGACAAACUGACAGCAGACAGGUCUCCUUCUCCUAGGUCGAGGAAACUGAAGCACAAAUCCCUCUGUACGCAGAGUAUGGUUUGGCUUCUCAGCCCAGCAGCAGUUCAGGAUUGAAUUGCACUUCUCGAACAGUUUACAGUUAUCUGGUCACGAAAAUUUGUGUAUAUUUCUGCCUGUACUAGCAUCUAGCAUAUUAUCUGCAGUACUUUGAAUCUAUCACAAUACAGUAGAGAUCUUUGACAUAAUUUUCUGGUUACAAAAUAGAUUUACAGCAAUGACCAAUUGCCCAGUAAUUGAACAAGCAGAGUCACUGUUGCAGUCUUCCUCCUCUGAAUGCAUGUGAAAAGCGCUCUAAAGCCUCUGCAGCACCCGUUGGAGUGAAGCAGAGAAUGUUUUGGCAUGUAGUAGGGAAGAUGCCGUUAGACUGGCUUUUGCAGCAAAAUGGAAGUGACUAUUUAUGAAGCCAUUACAGAAAUAUUUAUUGCUGUUGGGCACCAUGGUAUCAGCUGUUUUGAAUUAUUUUUAUGCUUGAAGAACACACUGGGAUGUUCAUCUGCUGCAUAUGUGCAUGUAGUCUUCCCUGAUCCAACAGCUAUUAGUUUCCUCAAGGACUUCAGUGAUGUCCUUCCUCCAAUAUUUUGUCUUUCUCCAAGCACCUGAUAUCUGUUACUUAUUCUGCAUUUCUACAAAAAAAUUGAGUAUUCAGCUCACCAAAGAGGAGUAGCCAGUGCCUCAGGGCCCAUCCAAUUUAUACAGUUAUAUCAGAACGUUGGCUAUGCUGAACUUUACAUGGGAACAGCUUAUUGAUCUCCCAGUUUUAUUUCCCAGACCUUACACUAAUUAGCACCCCUUUACUGCUGUUGAGGCAAGAUCCCUCAGAAAUUCUCUGGUGUUGUUCUUUACCUUGUCAACGUAGCAAAGCUCAACCUGUGUUCAUCCAAAGACUGUCCCAAAGCAGUCACUCACUUAAAUCCACCUUUACACUUUCAUACUUUGUUCUGCCAGUACCCUGGCAGUUUUGGAGGCUUCUCAGGAAAGGAAGUUCCUUUUCUAAGGGCUUCAAUCCAUUCUACCAAGACAGAGGAGCCUGGGCAGAAAACAUCUGAGAUGCAAACUUGGCCUCAAAGGACAUCACUAUGGAAAAGAGAAUUUUUAUUAGUUUUGCUUUCCAGUCUCACUCAUGGGGCACUGUGUACACCAGAAGUGGAAUUCCUGCGAACAGCACAUUUCAAAAGACUACAGUAACCCUAUUGGUGUAGUAUUAAAAGAAGUCUUUGCUUGAACUUGCCAAGACAAGAUAAGUUUCAUGGAAACUGCAAAUGCUCAGUAAUACUGCUGAUUUUAUUAUUAUUUUUUUUCCUGUGGGGUUGGCGGGAGGGGAGAUAAAUACACACUUAAUUUAAAGCUAUCUAUUAAACAACUAUGUCUGUACAUACUCACUGGUUUACAAACUUGGGGAAAAAGCUCAACCCUAUAUCUGUAACACUAAAGAUAAUACUCAUUUAAAAUUGCGGAUGAUUAAUCAUAUCAGUGCUCACAUAGGAGUUAUAUCCAUAGGGAAACAGCCUGCAGCCUAUUUAGCAUAAACUCCUGUAUUGUGGUAGUAGUUGAUUUUUUAAUUUUUUUUAAACAUAGCAUUAUUUUAAUCAGUAAGUCAAGUUAAACAAAGUAUUAACUACUGCUUUUAGGAUGAUAGAAUUUUUUUUAAAGGUGAAACUGUGACACUGUAAUGAAUUAAAGAGAACAGAAGGUUAAUCUACACUGGCUUUCAAAAAAUGGAAGUGCAGCAUAUCUUUUGUUUUGUUAUUUUUGCCUCAUACCUUUGGAUGCUUGUGGUUUUUCCUUUGGCAAUGUUUGUCACUGUGCCAUUUAUUUUUCUUAUUCUUGGAGUACCAAAGAUCCUGAAAUGGCUUGAUGAUUGCAACCAUGUGAAAAUUUAUUUUCUGGAAGUAUGUUUUGUUAACUUUUGUUAAAAUGUGGAAUUGUGUAUGCAAAUUGUUACCAGAGGUUUGCUGGGAAGUUAACCUAUUCCAGCAGGUAAAACUUGAGUGCAUCGAUGGAAGUGGUAAGCCUGAAUCCAAAUUCUGGACCUGAAUACCCUGAAACUGGGGAGGAAGCUUGGAUUGGGAAAUGCAGCUGAGCUUUUGCACUUUGUUCCAUCUCCAAUCAGCAUGAGUGAGUGGCCUUAGGUACAGGACAUCAGCAGAGGUUGUUCCAUGUGCAAAAGGAGUUAAAAUUGCCAGCAUUCAGAAAUCAAAUAUUGUUGAUACUGCAUUUGCACUGUUAAAUUUGCCUUGCUGGAGAGUUAUAUAAGUGUUAUUUUUAUAGGUCAAUUGUUAAACACCUGAGCCGUUGGAUACAGUAUGGAAUAAUAGCAUCUGACGUGGGUGAAUUCACCUAAGUGCAAAGGGGCUUGCUGAAAGCUCUCCACACUACCAAGAUAAAUGGGCAUAAGCAGUACAAAGGGUGUUGUGUCGGCUCUUUCUAAAGAGGUGAUUUUCCUCCUCUGCAACAGCAAGUAGGGAAUACUGCAGUUUAGCCCGGUUAUACUCUAAUGCUUAGGAAGUGCUCUCACUUUUUCAAUAAUACGAGCAAUUACAAGCAUUGUAACAUACUGUACUUUGUCCUUUUAAUGUUGAUAUAUUACAGCAGCUCGUUCUUGGAGUCAAAAUGGCAACUGCUAUAUUUUUCCUAGACUGUUUCAUUAGUUGUGGUUGGGAAAGUUACAUAGAAGCAUUAUAAAAAUUUAUAUGAGGCUUUUUACAGCAUUUGAAAAUAAAAGUAGCAUUUUUUUUUAAA